CCCUGCAGCCUUCCGUAGAAAACCUGCUGGUUUGUUGACAUUUUUCCCAUCAGCUGACUGCUUACACGUUAGCUGGCCAGUUUCUGACGAGCUCAGCACAAACAAACAGUCAGCAUGUCCUUAAGCUGUCGGCACUCAGCUCUCACUGACCACAUCCACUUCCGACGUCUUUAGCGAACCAGCAGCUCGCGAUGAGCGUUGUUGUUUUGCUAACGCGCUGCCUCUCGCCAGAGAGCUAAGCUAACCGCGCAGCGAACGUUAGCUCCAGUUAGCCUGCCGAGCUACAGCGGGAGGAAACCAACAAGAUAAUUAAUUAGCCGAUGUGAAGCGAAAACCAUGGAGGGGAUUCUGUACAAAUGGACGAAUUACAUGACAGGCUGGCAGCCACGCUGGUUCGUCUUAGAGAACGGAGUCAUCUCUUACUACGACAGCGAGGACGACGUCGGCAAAGGAAGCAAAGGAUCCAUCAAGAUGUCCGUGUGUGACAUUAAAGUCCAUCCCACAGACCCAACGCGCCUCGAGUUGAUAAUCCCUGGCGAGCAGCACUUCUACGUCCGGGCUGUGAACGCAGCAGAGAGGCAGAGGUGGCUGGUGGCUUUAGGCUCGUCCAAAGCUGGAACUCUGGACAGUCACAAGCACAAAGGUCCCGACUGCCUGAAGACGAAGAUGUCUGAACUGCGUCUGUACUGCGACCUCCUCGUCCAACAGGUCCAAACCAUCCAAUCACAGAAUGCCGCAGACACAGAGGCCACGCCCAGCUCAGAGGCGUCUCUCCUCAGCGCCACUUGUGCCACUUUCAUCAGGACUUUGGAGGAGUGUAUGAGCCUGGCCAACCAGAGUUUGAGCCCUGAACUCAGACCUCCUGAAAGAAUGAAGAGGUCAGUCAGUCACCCUGGAACGUACUGCUUCGACAGGUCAGGCGUGCUUAAGGAGUACUUGAGCGGAGGUCAGAGGUCAGCUCAGCGCAGGAACCGGACGUGCUCCGACAGCUCCGUGUAUGAUACUGAACGUGUGCUGCCUGGUCUCAACGGUGACUCGCCCUCCAUACCUGAAGAGAGAGGAGGCGGUGUGAGCCCAAAGACCACGCCCACUGACACAGACACUGACCUGUCCAUCUGAAGACCUGACAUCCAUCCCAAAGCCAGCUGGACUCCCCCGCGAGAGACGUCAAGAUCGACGGCAGUGACGGCGACUGCCUCCAGGCGAGACGAUGACGACGCCUUCGUUAAAAGGAUGAGACGUUUGACCUCCUGUUGGACUGUCCUCCUCCUCUUGCUUUUGCUCUGAAGUCAGCCGAUUGCCAAACACUUUGGAUAACAGUUCAUUUGUCUUAAAACAUUUCAGUCAUGCUGUCCACACUGGACGGACAAAAGACACCAGGAGAGAUCUCACAGCUGGACUUUCCCCGAGACGUGGGGAGUAUGAAGUAUUUGACGCUUUGACACACUGCGAUGAGAGGACGCUACAUGAGCAGCUGCAUUCACACCAUGGACACGCUCAGAGAGGACGGCAGGCCUGCAGCUCAGUGGACAAAUGUGCGAAUGCGGUCAGUUAACCUGGACUUAGCCGAGACCAGGUGAGGACUGUGAUGGCCGGAAGCUUCGCGGUUCCAAUCGUGUUGCUUUCUGAGGUUUUCUGAGGAAACAAAAGCAUCUUCUCUUCCGGAAUUUUCUGCCUUGUCCACAUGCUCGAGAUCUCGACUGACUUUUUCUGUCCUGGGAAACUUGCCAGGCGUCCUCCACAUUCUUCUUCCAUACGUCCAUAGCCGUGCUUGCCUGCUGAAAACAAAGGUAGAAAAAGAAAAAGUCCGUCCCUCUUCCUGCCGGCACGUCGUCUUCGAGCUUGUGGUCUGGUAAAGCAGAGCGUAGCUGAGGACGAAACCACGCUGAUUAACGACGUCUCAGCAGGUUCCUGAUGUCAGUUCUCGUUCUCAGCACGGAGCCGAGGAGUUUGGGUCUUCAGAUGCCAAAGUUUGCACAAACGUAAUGUGAUGUACAUUCGCUGUGGCCUCAUGCUUUUUCCUGGUAAAGCUUCUUCUCCUCAGUUCAGCCGGCGUUUGCGCCUGGAGUGAGGAGAACUUCAGACUUCAGUGUGAUCUGCAGCUCUGUGCUUGAGGAGUUUGCGCCUCCUCCUUGUGUUAGUUUCUGCUGGCCGUAACACGAAGGGACUUCAGCACACCCGGUGUGGUCGUGCUAAGCAGUAACGUGAAAUGAGUUAACUCAACAACUGAAGCCAGGAUUCCCCCCUCGUCCUCAGCUAAAAGGGGAGAUGUUUACAACAUAUGACCAAUGGCAAACAGAUAUACUUACAAAGUAUAGUAUUAGAUGAAUAUGAAGUUAAACAUAAGUUAUACUGAUCUUGAAUGUAACCUGCUCUGGAACAGGUCCACAUGGACAUAUAUACAGGUGGCAGACGUGUCUCCACUUCCUCCCACUGUACUAAAGUGAAGCCAAAACCCCAAUUCCCCCAAUACGAGUGCUGCCAUCUUGUUCUGAUUUCAUGAUCAGGCGGUCAGAAAAUUUUGGGAAAAAUUUAUUUGACACGUACUUUGAGGGGUUUAUUUUGGUCCAUGUUCCAUCUGCCGCCUGCUGAGGGGCAGGAGUUUAUGAACUAAACUAUAUGAACAAAAGUACUUGGACACACCUCUUUAUUAUUAAAUCCAGGUGUGUUAUGGGGUUUGGGCUCAGCCCCUGACUUCCAGUGAAGGGAACUCUUAAUGCUAAAAUAACAGUUUGUUGCCACCAAGUUGGGCCAUCCAGGUGUUUUGGCUUCACUUUUGAGGAGCUCUCAUGUCGUCUGUAUUUACGUUACCAUGGCGAUGUACCUCGGUAAGCAAAGCGUCGUCGUACAUCCUGCUUCGCAGUACACACCUCUGGUGAACGCAGUCAGAUCAGCAUGAAUGUGUGUGACUUCACCUCCUUUUAAUGUUCAUAGUUCUUGAGUGUUUCCUCGCCUUCAGGUGAUGAAUUUCAGCCAGAUGUGACCCAGAAAGGAAACGAGUACGGAGGCCCUGAAGGCUCAUCACACAGCGACCUGAGAAAACACGAAACGAUGAAACACCCACAUGAACACAUUCACAAAUUAGUUUAGUUUUGCUGCAUGUGAAUUAACCGAACAUGUUUCGUUUAUUUCACAAUGUUUAAACUGUCUUCACGUGGAUUUUUCAGCUGCAGUGUUUCGAGCUCUCAGGGCCUCCGCAGACACGUGAUUAAAUGAAUGAAGACAAGACUGUGAGUUCAGAUGAGGCCUUUUGCACAUGUGAUGCUUUUCGCUGCCAAAAGCAAACAAUCAGUGUUAAUCAGCAUUCAGCUCUAAAAGAAAAACGUGUUAGAAAAUCAAAGCUGCUGUAAGACAAAUCAAUUUUAAAAAACAUGCAAGAGGUCAGCAAACUCAGCUCAAAUUUUAUUUCCUGUCUUAACUGACCUCUUUGUACUGCGCACUGCUGUCUUGUAACCCAUUUUGCUGUCUGAAAACAUGCAGAAGUCAUCAUCUGAACACAAAGCAAACAACAACACGAACUGAACGCUUCACUCCUUCACACACGUCAGCCAAAAAACAUGUUUGAUUCUGCAUUCACCUUUAAGACACUUUAAUGAUUUUUUUUCUUUUUCAAUGUCCUGACCACAGCUGCUUAAACCUCCACCAAUCAGGUAUCUUCAUGUCACAUUCAGAUAUCAGAUGGUGUGAUGUGAUUUGCACCGCACAUGUGCAGAAACUCCCCGCGGAGUGCAGUGUGUCGGAAGCUGUGCUUGCUUUGCACUUUUUAAAACGUGUUUUUUAACGUGAGGAUUCCUGUGAGGUGCUGUGGUGGCUAACAGUGACGACGACUGUGAAACUGGUUGUUGAUGUUUAAAAAAAAAAAAAAAAAGAUCUUUGCGUUUAGUCUGUGUCGUUCUUCUGUUUAUGAAAUGAUGUUUUGGAGUUCCAGCAGCUUUCUGUGACUGUAAACCUGCAGCGACAUCCUGCUCAAACUGGUUUUACCAAAACGUGUGUUCAGUAUUUGUUACGAACACGCUGAAAAUGUUUAUCCCCCCGCGAUUUCAUGGACCUCCUUCACUUUCUCUAAAUACUGUGAAGAAAAAGUCAAAACGUGCAGUUUUAAUUUCCUACGCCUUCAUGCUCAGCUUCUCAUACCUUUGCUGAUUAUUUAGAACAACUUGUUGGUUGUGUUUUGUCUCUGAACGAUCACUUGUGUGUCAGGUUAUUUUAUUAAGUAUUUAAACAAAAGGUGGAUUUUGCAGGAGCUUGUAAAGCAGUUAAAAACAGCUCACUGGUACGCAAAGACAUGCAGGUGCAACACGGAGAGAAGAUCAGCUAACCCGCUCCUGGAUCAGAUUCACAGGACUAAUGUGUUGUCGGUCCAAAAUGUGGAACUACUCCUUUAAGGCACCUCGACUACUACUUGUUGUUUGAAAGGAGGACUAAUUAAACCGCUGAAUUCU